AUGGACCCGAAUGCCAUGAAUCCGAAUCAUUUUUCUAUCGCCUCGGGACUCUGGAGGCAAUUGGCGUCUGCGCAUGUUCCCUGUCAGCCCAAAGACGCGAGUUCUGGCAUUUCUGGCAAUAAUUCAUCACUGCGAAGAGGGCAUCCAUCGUUCUCUCACACUUCGAGGAGGCAGCGUCCACAAUCGCUUCUUUCUGGUCGCCUGGAGCGCAAGACUAGGGGCAUAUCUCGCUUAAUCUCCGAGUCCAUCCAUCCAUCUGACGUGCAGAACACGGCCCGUCCCCGUGCCAUGCAUGUCCCCAUGGAGGAACCUUCACGAAGUAGCAACUACCAUACCCCCUCGUCUUCAGAUGAUCGCAGAGAUCGAGCGGAAACAAUCAUGGCAGGUUCCAUCGUUGCGACUCCCAAGGAUUCAACUUCAACAAUUGAAAACAAGAGUUCUUCGGAUACAGACACGUCUCAGCCGUACAUUCCCGCGUGUGACAGUCACAUCUCUGUGAGGAAUGGCUCUUCAACCAUGAUUCUAGCGGAUUCUCCUGGAGACGCAAGGCACCUACCUCCGACGAAUGCUCCCCAUUUAGAAGACGCUAUGAUGAUGGAUAUUGAAGUGAUCAGCUGUUCUGAACCGGAAAACUCUCGUCAGACCGAGGCUCAGGUUGAUGAGCUGGCAAGAGAGGAUUCUGUCUCCAUAAAAGCGAAAAAUUGUCAUGAAAACGAAAAGACGCGAGUUGCUGCGUCAAACUGUGCCAAUCUCCUAGACAUUAGCCCUGCAGUUGCUAUCAAGCAACCUAACGCGAACACCGAGCAGGCCGCGAAAAAAUCCGUGGCCAAAGUCUCUAAGUUUAGGAAUUCCGCCAAGGUCAAAUCGUCUAGCAGUGAGAGCAAAUGCAAGAAGACGAUUCGCGAUCGGCCGAAUGCGUACAUGUUAUGGGCUGACAUAGACACGACGAAAUCCAAUACAAGCCGCUUAUUCCCGCUGCAAGCGGAAGCUGAACAGUUCUUAGCCGAUUUGAUGUCUUCUCUUCAUCGUAGAACGUAUGUGCAUGCCGAGGGAGGAAGCGAAGGUGACUCCCAAGACCACGAGGCAUCACAUCUCACUCCUGUAUUGGAUCCACACGAUGAAGGGGAGGGAGUAGAACUCGUCGACGAGGACAAUAUGAUGCAGGUCGAUAUGACCAUCGUCGACCGCACCACCGUCAAUGUUGUGCUGGUCCCUGUGGAUGGUCCUCAAGACGGUGGUUCAGGCUUCGCACAGCUGUGGUCUCCAUUGGUUGCAUUCCCGCUGAAUCAGCCCGCAUUUCAAUGGCAAUAUGAUUCUUCGCCACCGUCACAACUUUCCGAGCACGUCUGGGGGGACGAUGAACCAAUGAUGGUCGACGAGGUUUACCUGGGUUGUGAGGAACAGCUGGUAGGGGGUCCCUCUGCCGACAUCUACGUUGCAGACCACAUCGCUCGAGCCAAACCAGUCGACGAAUUUGAGCAGCCCAACAAAGGCAUCGCUCUUUCGCCGACUGCCGUUCCAUUCCCGCAAACACUACCGACAGAUGAGGCUGAACGUGGUGCUUCUGUUUCUGUGUCUGCAGCACAAGGGUGUCCUAUUCGUGGAGUUCCGUACAGUCCUCGCUACGUACAUGGAUCUUCCAAGUCAACAGGUGUCCUGUCGAACGAAGGGACGUUCGCUGGCGGCUCAGGUUGCCCUGAAACGCUUCGGGAAAUCCGAGAGUGGAGGCGUGUCCAGCGAGAUAUAAUAACGAGGAGAAGGGAGUAUAAUACAGAGCUCGUUGAGUUGACGAAGCUGGGUAUGAAUACUCUGGGUGAGAUGUUCUUCAUGCAAAUCCCGUUUGGGACGACGAAGUCGCCACGACACAGUGCUUCCGAAUUUGAUGGCAAUCCAGGCGUGUCUUCACUCCCAGAGAAGUUGCCCGUGUGCUGGGACCUGCUGAAAAAAAGUGCUGGUCAGGCAGUGCCUUUCAAUAACACAGAGCGUUGA